AUGCAGGCAUCACCUAAAUUAAAGGAGGCGUAUGAUAACGUGAUUAGUGAAUAUUUAAAUAAGGGUUAUAUUUCUCCCGCUCCUCUAGACACUGAAGAAACUCGGAAUUUACCCUCAUAUACAAUACCUCACCAUGGUAUAAUAAGAGAAGAUAAACUUACUUCUAAAUUACGCAUCGUCCUGGACUGUAGUUCAAAGUUCAGUUCCCAAAUAUCGCUUAAUGACAUUUUAUAUAAUGGGCAAAAUCUGCAAGGAAACUUAUUUCAUAUUAUUGUUAAUUUUCGCUUAUUUCGUAUCGCUCUCUCCGCUGACAUUCGUCAAAUGUUUCUUUCCAUUGGAGUUCGGCCAUGUGACCGAAGGUUCCAACGCAUUCUGUAUCGCUUUUCGUCGCAAGAACCCUUGAAGGUUUAUGAAUUUAACCGCGUUUUUUUCGGACUGAAGUCUAGCCCGUUUCACGCUCUUCGUACCAUAAAGCAACUAGUUUUGAAUGAAUGUGCUUCUUAUCCGCGAGCACAGCAAACAGUCAACACUGGUUUGUAUAUGGAUGAUUUUGUCUACAGCAUUGACAAUGAAUAUGAGGCUAUUUCCACCGCUGCGGAAGUAAUCGCUUUGAUGAAAGCCGGACAAUUUGAUCUUGUUAAAUGGACAAGCAAUUCACAAAGAGUCUUGGAUUCUAUUACGCCGUCGCAUCGUCUCUCUGCUGUAAAGGAGUUUGAUGACUCUGAUUCGCAUAAGGUACUAGGACUAUGCUGGUCACCCGCAACAGAUAAUUUUAGUCUUAAAAUCUGUACAACCGCUGAAUCAUGUACAAACAUUUUUUCCGAUCUGGCAACUCUGGUGGUAGGUUGUAAAAGCCCAUCCACACGCUUGACAAACAAUGGCAAACAGCUAACAGCAAACAGCAAACACGGACGUGUGGAUGGGUGUUUGUCGUUGUUUGCCUGUUUGUGUUCGUGUUGGGCAGUGUUCGGCAUCGGUGUCGGUUUAUCUUGCCAGAUCAAAGGAUGUUUGGCAAACAGUUUGCUACGUAUCCACACGUUUGGCAGCGAUCAGUAUGCGCGCGAGCUUGCGGGAGGCGGACGUAUUUACUUGCUACACUUUCGUUGGCGCGCAAAGCGUAAAAAAUGUCUGAUUGGAGCACCUACGAUUCUGACAUUUUUAAGUAACUUUUAA